UAUAAUUUCUAUUUCUAUCAUACAACCCUAAAUUCUGUCAACGCGAUCAGGAUCAGUUUACCUUCUCACUAUGAAGAUCGUUAAGUGACCUACGUAUGAAGUUAAUAUUACGCGCAGCCAAAGAAAUAUGAGUUCAUCUUUAAGAAAACAAAUACAAAUGACUGACCACUUCUUGAACAGAAAAUCAUGACCCUUCGUUCAUCUUCGCGCUGCUUACUCUUUAUGUCCGUUGCUGCUCCUUCUUUUCGCUCAAAAGUUGAGACAGACGCUGCUUACGCCCUGUUUGUGGACAACCAAUCAGGACUAUAUUCUUAGGAACAAAGGGAAAGUCGGAAGGGAAAGCCGAUGCUGUCAGAGAAGGCAAUGGGGGUGUUGCGUGACGCUAGCAAAAAAGUAGAGGUACCAGAAAGCUCCAUUGCAAAAGCAUCUACCAAAAAUAAAAUGGUAGACCAAGGCCAAUCCGCGGGCUUGAAACAGCGUCGCAGUGGUGCGAACACUUCUGAGGAGACAACGACAACUUCCACGUCAGCGACUGCAGGAGGAGGGGAAUUGCCAUCUUCAUCAUCAGCAAGCAGCAAGGAGAAUGGAAAAUCAACUACGCGCAGCUCGCGCAGCUCCUUUUUCUCCAAAUGGAGCGGUAACCUUGGUGUGCUGGUCAUAAUUGCUUACGGUGCUCUUAUAUCCCACAACUUUUAUCGAGUGUGCUAUCCGGACUGGGCUUCGUUUGGAUUGCCGGAGUCCGAUUUCAUCGGAAAUAGAGUGAACACAGGUGCUAAACUUGAAGGGAUCGUGUUUGUAGUGGACGAGGCGCAAGGAGGAAAAAAGAAGUUAUGAGGCGAGGAGUACUUAUUUUCGUCUACGAAAAGGAAGCCGCGGCUAGUAGAACGUCUCAAGAACAGGGAUGAUGCGUCGAUAGAGAUAUUCUAGUAACAGUACUAUUUGUUUGCAAGAAGCAGAAGUCAACAAGUGUGAAGAUGUUCAACAAGUGUUGAUAUUGACUGAUGCUUGCAGAGCACCAGACGAUUUGAUCCACACAUACUUAGAACUAGAAGUUCCACUUUUUACAGUUGCAGUUGCUUCAAAGAAUACAUUUUCAUUUUCUUCAUUUUCUGCAUGCUGCAGCAGCUCUAAUUCCACCAGGAGCUGGUCAAAGGGAGGAGAUAUGGCGGUUCCCGUUUGAGUAUAAAUGGGAGAAUCUGGGUCUGGAAAAAAUCGACAUUCCCAUAAGCGUUUCUCAAGCCCUUCUAGAAAAGGUGGAGAACAAGAAACUGGAGUUCGUUAUCACUCGACCUGCAGACGCGUCGCGCAACGGAAAGGCUAGGGAGGUAGCUAGAGUGGAAGGAGCAGCAGUAAAGUGGAAGCCGCAACCCUUCGAGCUCUCAACUGCGCGAAAGCACAACCUGUUAGUGCCGUUUCGCCCUAACGGUCAAGCAAGGGACGAGAUAAUUCUAUGAUUUACAAGGUGGCUCAUGAUGUAGAAGUGACUUUUAUAUACUCUAGUUGUAGAUGUAGGUGAUGUAGGUAGGACUCUAUAAUAUCACUAUGAUUUUUGUCUUCCUCGUCAAGCUUCGCAUCAUCUUUCUGUGAAUUAUAUAUAAAGACACAGAGUUCUUCCUAUCCUCCGUUCUCUAAUCCUUAACGAAUACGGGGACACGGAGUCCGUCCCUUUCGAUCCGGAGUGGCAGAGCGAGCAAGACCGUCUGUGUCCAAUCAAGCAACAGCCAACGUAUAUCAAGCCGAACGAGAAAGAUAAACAUGGCAUUCAAAUUCGAAAAAAGUAUCAGUUGAGAGGGUUGCCGAAAAUCCAGCUCCGCUUAGUGUACGACGAAGACAGAUAUCCCUGGCAAUAUCUGUUUCCAUCGCGGCCAUCUUCAAAUGUUAUGGAGGGGUCAUUGACCAUCUGUCCGUACGACACUCACAAUCUAAGUGUGAAAGAUAUAUCUCUUUCAUCUGUGCUUACAAAAUUUAGAAAUGUGCUGUUUUAAUUGAAGAUGCUGGGGACUGAUGAACUGCUUUGAAGACCUGCUAAGCAAGUCCAGUAUCACCACCACCUCGUAGUACACACCUCUCUUAUUUGAACCACUUACCACUCCCCCACCUUGUUAUAUGCAGCUCUCUUUGAACAACUUACGUUACCACUGUUACCACCCCUCGUCACCAAUAUUCGUCCUCCUCUAAUUCCCGCUACUUUCCCGCUGCCUUCGUCGACGAGUUUUGGCUUACGGACGACCAGCUGAUCGAAUUUGACAUGGAGGAGGCGGAAAAAACUGCCACAGUCGAUUCGGCAGUGCAAUUCAACACGAGUUUGUACGUAAGGCUUCCGGGAAUACAUCUUCAGAAGCAUCUUCUUGUUGCACCCCUUUAAGGGAAAACCAGCCCCGAGAUCAUGACUUUCAAGAUCAUGUAUUCCAGGAAGAUCGACUUUCUAAUGUACUUCGAGUUGAUGUCCAGUGCCCGUUGGCGCUUCCAGCACGUGAUGGAAGAGAGAAUAGAAGCCAUGACCAAAACCCUAGGUGAGGAGGAGUCCCUGCAAAUGCGCGACCUCUUCGCGAACACAAGUCCGAUGCUCUUGAUUGUGACACUGGUAAAUAAGUACCUAAGUAUUAGGAUGUGACUAGUAGUACAGCGAUCUUCCUAUUGCAAUUGAUCAUUAUGGGCUGCGAUUUGUAGAUCUUCAGCCUUCUACGACUGAGACACCUCUUCAUCUCUUCAGUUUGCCCGUGGUGCCGAUCGUCUGAAUGUGUGAAUGUCUUAGAAACAUGACUCACUUAGGUGGUCCACAUUCUGAUGAUCGUCAUUUUCAGGUUGUCUCGAUCCUGCACACGGUGUUUGAGUUUCUUGCUUUCAAGGCUGACGUGGCGUUUUGGUCGGCGCAAAGUGCGGAGACGUUGAAUAAGUACGUCUCCGUGACAUCGGUUCUGCUGAACAUUGUGUUUGAGGUGAUUUUGCUGCUCUACCUCUUCGACAAGGAGUCUAAUUUCCUAAUUUUGAUUUUUUCUUCAAUAGCGAUCGCGAUCGACUGUUGGAAGGUCUCACGCGCCAUGCGGCUAGACGCGGUUUGGCUCUUCGGAGUAAUACCGUUACCACGUCUCAAAGCGAAGCAACACAAGCAGGGAGAAGACUGGGAUUGGAUCGCGAUAAAGUAUUUGAGCAUCCUCUUAGCGCCGGUAGUUGUAGCGUACGCGAGCUACAACCUCGUAUACGAGUGCCAUAAAGGGUGGUAUAGCUACUUGCUCGAGACAGCGGCAAGCUGCGUUUAUGCAGGUGGGUUCAUGUUGAUGACGCCACAGCUCUUUAUCAACUACAAGCUGAAGUCAGUCGCUCACUUGCCGUGGCGGAGGUUCGUCUACAGGUAAACUCAUCUAAGUACUUCGUUCUUGCUAUUUUUAAACAAGAUGAACUGUGCAGCCUCAGUGAAAAUAAUUUUGCCGUCUACUGCAGAUUUUUUUUGGUAAGGUGCCUCAUAUAUAGAGCUAGUCCGAGUCGGGUCGGUCGGAAAGUCGGUCGGAAACCCCGCGCCGACCCGGACCACCUUGUGGCGUUUUCUAGUCACCCGAUGGCAGACCGGUCGGUCGCUCGGCGGGGGUUGUGGGGUGGGCUCGAUGGCGGCCCGCUGCCGUGGUUGGUCAGUCGGUCGGUCGGCGUGGUUGGUCGGUCGGCCGACCAACGACGCUGCAAAGCCGCCACCCAGGCGCACCUUCGUCGACCGACCGACCACGGGACCGGGGCUAGGUGGCGGUGUUCGAUGGCGGCCUGGGGGCGUGAUCGGUCGGUCGGUCGGCGUGGUUUGUCGGGUGGGUUCGAUGGCGGCCUGAGGGCGUGGUCGGUCGGUCGGCGUGUUUCUCGGGUUUCUCGGCUGUGUCUUUGUUUCGAUCUCAGGCCGAAAACCUUGCGCGCCCCUUCCAGCUGAAGUCUGAUUGUCGUCUAGCUAUUGCGUAAACGGCCUUUCGGUGAAGAUAAUGCAAGUGCCGCCCCAUUUUUAUCGUCCCAAGAAGAAGGUACAUGAUUGAAGAAAGUAACAGAUUAGCGCCUUUCGUCUUACUCACUUCAUCUUUCCAAUCCAUGCAUUCAUAAGUUUUUUUUGAUCUGCUCCUGUACCAACUACACGACGCAGACAUGCCCAUAGUUUUGCUCUCACAAUCCUAAACCUUCAGGGCCCUCAACACCUUUGUUGACGAUCUGUUUUCGUUUAUUAUUCGCAUGCCUGCGAUGCACCGAAUGAGCUGUUUCCGAGAUGACGUAGUCUUUUUCAUCUAUCUGUAUCAACGGUGGGUGUAUCCUGUGGACGAGUCCAGGCAGUUUGGCGACGAUGAUGACGGUGAAGAGGUCGUGGAUAGAUCAGUGGAAAUGCAGUCUUCCUCAAUCGCUACAAAACAUGCUAAAAAAAAGCGGUAAGGGUGAAGGGAAGAAGAAAUCCAUCUUCACAGGCAUCCUGAGACCGUUUUCAAGGGGAGAAAGGUCCUCGGAUGCGUCUCAAGAUGGAUUUCUCUUAGUUCUAAUAAGGGUGAAGGGAAGAAGAAGGAGUGGGAACACGAACAAGGGAUGAAGGCCCAGCUAUCUUUGGAAGUGCUAGUGCUGUAGUUACCUUUGGGCACAGGCAUUUUCCACCAUGUACCACGUUGAGCCCUUAUACUCCACCAUUCACGACACCACAGGAACUGGUGCCAAAUGAACACAAUGCCCCCCCUCACCACCGUGAUAGUUUUUGCUUUAUUCCCGACCACAACCUCUUCCUCUUCUAGUUCCAAGAACUCUGAUUUUGCUAGACGCAAAUGUCUACAGCUUCGAAGAUGUGCUUCUGCAAGCUCUAUUGUCGUGUUUUCGUAUUCUUCC